AUGGCGGCUCCCUUGCUAUUCUGCACAGCCGAGGAGGCUAAACCCUUCGUCCAUAAGGUCAUGGCCGUCAAGCUCCAGGGCACAGACGAGAGCCUCUUCAACCUAGUAGAGUCACGCGCCGGCCCGCGGCGCGACGCCGAAGCCCAGAGCCAGCGCCAGAGCCAGCGCUGCUUCAAGCGCGCGCUCGGCCAAGACGAAGCCUUCGGCGCGGAAUUCAUCGGCGCCCCCGAGCACGAGUGCCAGGCCUGGGCCCUGGAGAUGCAGGCGCGCCACAACUUCAUCGAGCAGGACCUCAUCGGCAUCGCGGACGCGCGCAGCGCCCGCGACGGCACGCUGCUGAUCCAGUUCUACGGCCGGGCGCCGGGGCUCGAGUGUGGCGACGACAAGGGCGUGUUCCCCCGGGAGACCGAGACCAACACGUGGCACGGCUUCCGCAUCGAUUACCGCGAGGCUGAGAGGGUGUCUGCGUCGCUGCAGUUUGGCGCGUCCGAGGUCGUGUAUCCGGUCUACUUUGGGCGCAAGGAGGAGCUCACGGAUGAGCGCGGUGUCUUUGAUGUCGCCAGGGCCGAGCGGAUCUGUGGAGGCGAAGAGUCUUGA